GACGUAACAAGAAUAAAGUUAUAACAAUUAAAUAAAAACGAAUGUAAACGAGAAUGUCCAAAAAUGACAAAAAUAAAUCGGGCGGCGGCCUCUUGGAAAGUUGGUUUGGCCGCCCAAAAGCCAAAGGCAAUAACUACAGUACGGGCACAUUAUCGGGACGACCCACAUCGGCAGAUGGUGAUGCUGCCUUCGAUAUACAAGAGUUGGAAAAGACAGUACGGGCACUAAGCGACUCCGAAGUGGAUGCAAAAUUUAUGGAAAUUUUAGAAGAUAUGAACAUACCCAAGGACAAACGGGGUCCGCUUUUGGCGAAAUCGUUAACCGAGCGACAGAAAAUGAUUUUUAUGCAUUUGAAAGGUAAAAAUUCCCUGGAACAUCGAGCCAAUUCCAAAUUUGAAAAACCACUCGACUACAUAGAGUACCUGCGUAAUGGCGAACACAGUGAACCAAAAAUUUAUGCCUGCCUUGAAAGUUUACGUGUUGCCCUCACAAAUAAUCCACUGUCGUGGAUUAAGGAAUUCGGUGAGGAGGGUAUCGAUGAGAUUAUCAACUUGAUGCGACGCUGUAAAAAGGAACAACGUUCCAUGGAUCGCAUUGAACUGGAGUGUAUACGAUGCCUUAAAGCCAUUAUGAAUAAUACAUGGGGUUUAAAUUUGGUUCUAACGCCGGAUCAACAUACUGUGGUACUGCUACUGGCGCAAUCUCUUGAUCCCCGCAAAGUGACUACAAUGUGUGAAGCUGUCAAGCUACUGGCCUCAUUUUGUUUGGUACAUGAACGUAAUGGUUACGAUAAGGUGCUGCGGGCCAUAACAACGGCAGCCUCAACAUCGUACAAGUCGGGAGAACGUUUUCGACCCAUUGUCGAUUCGCUGUUUAUAUCGGAAAAACUGGAUCCACGUCGUGAAUUGGCCUGUCAUAGUUUAAUUUUCAUCAAUACCCUCACAAAUACGCCCAGCGAUUUAAAUUUCCGUCUCCAUCUGCGCUGUGAAAUCAUGCGUAUGGGUCUGUACGCGAAAUUCGAUGACUUCAAGAAAAUGGUGGAGGUGAGCAACAACGAUUCCCUGAAACAGCACUUUAAGAUAUUCAACGAGAUACGUGAGGAUGAUUUCGAGGAGUUUAUCCAGCGAUUCGACAAUGUCAUCUAUAAUAUGGAUGAUGUGACGGAUUGUUUUGAGGUUGUAAAGAACUUAGUUACCGAUACCCCUGCCGAACCCUAUUUCCUGUCGAUAAUGCAGCAUUUGUUGUAUAUUCGUGAUGACUUCUAUUACCGGCCAGCAUAUUAUCAAUUGAUUGAGGAGUGCAUAUCGCAAAUUGUCUUUCACAAAGGUUACUGUGAUCCGAAUUUCGAAAAUCGAAAUUUCAAUAUUGAUACCUCACUGCUGCUGGAUGACAUAGUGGAAAAGACCAAGGCCAAAGAGUCACAACGUGCUGAGGAGUAUGAAAAGAAAAUUGAGCAGUUGGAAAAUGCCAAACAGGAGGCUGAGGCGAAGGUGGCCCUUUUGGAGGAGAAAAUCAAGGAUAUGGAGAAGAAUGGUAUUGUGGCACAAUCGCCAAGUAAAUUACCAAAGGUGAAUAUUCCAAUGCCACCACCACCGCCAGGCGGAGCAAGAAUGCCGGGUCCGCCACCACCUCCUCCGCCACCAGGUAUGGGUGGUGGCCCAGCACCUCCCCCACCACCACCUCCACCGGGUAUGGGUGGUAUACGUGGUCCACCACCGCCCCCAAUGCCUGGUAUGGGAGGUGGUCCUCCACCACCACCAAUGCCCGGCAUGGCUGGAGGUCCCCGACCACCACCACCAAUGAUGAUGCCAAUGGCGCCGGUCUUGCCACAUGGCCUUAAACCCAAAAAGAAGUGGGAAGUUAAAAAUCCCAUGAAACGUGCCAAUUGGAAAGCCAUUGUUCCCCAAAAGAUGUCGGAGAAAUCAUUUUGGGUUAAAUGUGAAGAAGAUAAGUUGGCCUCGGAUGAUUUACUUGCCGAAUUGGCUCUCAAAUUCUCUUCCAAACCCAUAAAGAAGGAUCAAAAGGAUUCUGUGGAUAAACCCACAACGUUAACAAAGAAGACAAUUGACUUGAGAGUUUUGGAUGGUAAAUCGGCACAGAAUUUGCUAAUUCUAUUGGGUGGUUCCCUGAAGCAUUUGUCAUAUGAACAAAUCAAGAUUUGUCUGUUACGCUGUGAUACUGAUAUUUUGUCUUCCAAUAUUCUGCAACAAUUGAUACAAUAUUUGCCGCCACCAGAGCAAUUGAAGAGAUUGCAGGAGAUCAAGGCCAAAGGUGAACCUCUACCGCCCAUAGAACAGUUUGCAGCAACGAUAGGUGAAAUUAAACGACUCUCGCCACGUCUACACAAUCUCAACUUUAAGUUAACCUUUAACGAUAUGGUUCAGGACAUUAAGCCGGAUAUUGUUGCGGGCACGGCUGCCUGUGAAGAAGUUCGCAACAGCAAAAAAUUCUCCAAAAUUCUAGAAUUGAUACUCCUUAUGGGUAAUUACAUGAAUUCUGGCUCAAAGAAUGAAUUAGCCUAUGGCUUUGAAAUAUCCUAUCUAACCAAAUUGACAAACACCAAGGAUGCGGAAAAUAAACACACACUGUUACACUAUUUGGUUGAUGUGGUGGAGAAGAAAUUCCCUGACGCCUUGACAUUCUAUGACGAUAUGUCACAUGUCGAUAAGGCGUCACGUGUCAAUUUGGACACAAUACAAAAGUCAAUGCGACAAAUGAAUGCUGCUGUUAAGAAUCUUGAAACUGAUCUGCAAAAUAACAAAGUGCCACAAUGUGAGGAUGAUAAAUUCUCAGAAGUAAUGAGUAAAUUUGCUGCUGAUUGUCGACAGCAGGUGGAUGUGUUGGGUAAAAUGCAAGUACAAAUGGAAAGACUAUACAAAGAACUUGGCGAAUAUUUUGCAUUCGAUCCGGCCAAAUACACGAUGGAAGAAUUCUUUGUCGAUAUUAAAACCUUUAAGGAUGCCUUCCUUCAGGCACAUCAAGAGAUUCUGCGGCAACGUGAAGAGGAGCAAAAGAAGCGCCGCCUACAAGAGGCACGCGAACAAUCGUUGCGUGAACAAAUGGAAAGACAGCAACGUAAAUUGGCAUUGGUCGAUAUGGAUGCAGCUCAUGCCCAGGAGGGUGUCAUGGACAGUCUGUUGGAGGCAUUGCAGACUGGUUCGGCCUUCGGUAGUCGAAACAAUCGUCAACAGAGAAGACAACGACCGGCUGGAGCCGAACGUAGGGCACAAUUAAGUCGAUCGCGGUCGAGGACAAGAGUUGCACCAUCCGGUUUAGUGUCACGAGAACUGCUGGCCAAUGAAGCAUUAAUGGGUUCUGCUUAGUUAAACAAAUUGUGUUUCCUAAACUCGUGAACUUUGUUUUUGUGUAUAUAUGCAUAUAUAUAGAUUUUCUUUUAA